AAUCAUACAGUUAUAAUAAUAAAAUAAAACUAAUGAUCAGAUUUAUUAAUAAUUAGGUCUUUACUGAAGUACAGUUUAUAUAAAAGGAUUAUCCAAAACGAGAUUAUCAGCAAACAAUGAGGAUGUGUGUUCGUGUAGGAGUGUGUGUUGGAGCAUGUCACUGAUUGUGUUCGUGUUGGCGGUGCGGAUCAGGGAUGGACUCCCUUUGUCCGCCUCCACAGAUUUUCACCACAGCAGAGAGCUGCAGGAGAGGAAACAGCAAAUCCGAGCCCUAUCGAAGUCGCUGGGCUCGCUGCCCGAGAGAGGGAUCAUCACGGGCCACGAGCUCCAUAUCUACUUCCUCGCGUCUGAGGGCGUGGCUUACCUGAGCGUGUGCGUGUCCAGCCUGCCUGCCGCCGUGGCUUUCUGCUUCCUGGAGGAUCUUCGCUGGGAGUUCACGGCCGGCUUCGAUAGCUUCGCGGUCGCUCAGGCGGCCCGGCCGUACCCGUUCCUGGGAUUCGAUGGUGUGAUCCAGAAGCUGCAGCAGCAUUAUAACCAGAGUGGAGGUCCCUCGCUCGGAGUCACUCUGUCCGAGGUGCAGGAGGAGCUGAAGCUCAGUCCCCCUCCUGUCCUCACUAUGGAUGAUAUCCAGCUCAGUAACGGAGCCGCAAACGGCCACGUCGAUCAGACAGCCGCGCCAGGUCAGAAUCAGAGAAUGGAGCCGGUCUCAGCGCCUGGAAUCCUCUCACUUGUACUCAACAUCAUGUGUGCUGCUCUUAAUCUGAUCCGGGGAGUCCACCUCAUCGAAUACACCUUCCAGGAUGAUUAUGAUAGCCUGUGGAACGUUGUGGCGUUUCUGCUGGCGUUUGUGUGCUGUGUGUUACAGUGUCACCUAUAUUUAUUCCACUCGUCCCUGAAGAAGCUGAAGUGCUUCACACUCCUCACCAUCAUCGUGCUUUGCAACGGCUUCCUGUUCGGCCUGAGGAACGUCUGGCAGCUGACCUUCCACAUGAGCGUGGCUGUCGUCUCCACUGUCCUCUGUCUUAACCGCAGGCUGCUGGACAGGAGCUCGGACUGCAGCGUGUGAGGACAAACACAUGCAGGAUCCCCUGGUGCUGCUGCUAAUACACACAGGUGUAAGGAGCAGUGGACGGCGACAGCACAACAGUUAUUCACGCUAUUAACACAUUGAUUUUCAACAAAAGACUUCCUGCCAGGACUGACUGGCCCAAACAGUAUAAAUACACCUGACAUUUUACUCUCGAGUGUUAAACAACAUCCGUCCACAGUUUGACUCUGAUAUGUGUGGGUAAAGGAUAAAAGCUCUUUGUUUAAAUGCAUUAUUUUGUAAAUCAAUAAGCUUUUUCAGAAAGGAUUUUGAAUGUAAUAAAGGUUAAAGGGACAAAUUAAGGGA